AAGUAGUUUCGCUCGCUAGCGCGGGAAGACGCUACCGCUGUUUGAGAAGCGGAGUUAACCGGACAAGCAUCCAGACAGCUGUCACUUUCAGUACUACUGGGAGUUUGGGGCAUUUAUUAACUCCGACGGUGGAAUUAUUUGAAUAAGGAGGAGUCAUGCAGGCCUUUUUGAAAGGAGCUACGGUUCAAGCAUCCAGACCUCAGAAAGACAAGGCAGUCGCUGGUCCCAGUGCAGAGAAGAAAGCCAAGGCUGUUCCUUGGGUAGAAAAAUACAGGCCAAAGUGUGUUGAUGAGGUGGCCUUUCAGGAGGAGGUUGUAGCAGUGCUGAAGAAGUCUCUGGAAGGAGCAGAUCUUCCCAACUUGCUCUUCUAUGGCCCUCCUGGAACAGGAAAGACCUCUACCAUCUUAGCUGCUGCCAGAGAGCUUUAUGGUCCAGAGCUAUACAGGCAGAGGGUGCUGGAGCUCAAUGCGUCAGAUGAGAGGGGCAUUCAGGUCGUCAGAGAGAAGGUCAAAAACUUUGCCCAGCUCACUGUGGCCGGGACGCGCCCAGAUGGGAAGCCGUGUCCUCCUUUUAAGAUCAUCAUACUGGACGAGGCUGACUCCAUGACCGCUCCGGCUCAGGCCGCUCUCAGGCGGACCAUGGAGAAGGAGUCACGCACCACCCGCUUCUGUCUCAUCUGUAACUAUAUAAGCAGGAUUAUUGAGCCUCUGACCUCUAGGUGCUCCAAGUUUCGCUUCAAACCUCUGGCCAAUCGGAUCCAGGAAGAACGUCUGCUGGAGAUUUGUGAAAAGGAGAACCUCAAAUACACCAAAGAGAGUGUAGCAGCGUUGGUGCGGGUGUCCGAAGGGGACCUGCGGAAAGCCAUCACGUUUCUGCAAAGUGCUGCGCGCCUCAGUGUCGACAAGGAAAUCACUGAUUGCGCUGUCAUCGAAAUAGCAGGGGUUGUACCUGACAAGAUGAUUGACAACUUGCUCCAGAUCUGCUUCAGAGGAACUUUUGAGAAACUGGAGGUAGCCGUCAGGAGCAUGGUGGAUGACGGCUACGCAGCCACACAGAUCCUGAGUCAGCUCCACGAGUCCAUCAUAGAGCAGGACCUGAAUGACAAGCAGAAGUCGGCCAUCACGGAGAAGAUGGCAGUGGUGAGCAAGUGCCUGUCAGACGGUGCAGACGAGUACCUGCAGCUGUUGAGUCUGUGUUCAGUCAUCAUGCAGGAGGCUUCCCACAACUAAAGCUCCACAAAGCAACGUCUCCUCCCAGAAAGAGUGUGGUCAUCUACUCCCACCAGGACCAGGAGCUUUACAGAGACACUGACUCACAUUUAUCUGUGGACACCAGAUAAUAACAACAACCUCGGAGCACUUCACUUAAAAAAAAAGGACCCAUUCUUACUUACCCAACGUACUUUUGUACCCUUUUUGAAUUCUGGAAAAUAAUAAAUCAUUUUUUUGUA